AUAGGUCCAGACAUGGUGUUGACUUCGUCUCAACACGGCGAAUCCUAUGACCGAGGCCGGGAGCGCACGUGCCACUUUUAGCGCAACCUUCGAUCCUCUUGCACGACCACCUCACCGCUGCAUACCUCCGCGAAUCUCCUUAGACUGCCCGAUUAUUAUCUCUUUUUGCUUCUCCGAAAAGUAUGUAAAACCCUCCUGUUAUCUGCCAACCCUCCCCCGCAAUCUGGCUGCCGGAUAUCCCACCUGAUCCUUACACGGGUCUCUGAUGUGGUCCUACAGGUGUGCAAAGCUGACUGAAAGCGUUCAGGACCUACUUCAACAUGAGCGGCUGGGGCCUGGGCUGGUUUGGGGGAGGCCAGGCGAAGAAGGAGGCACCCAAGAAAGCAAUACUUCAGCUGCGAGGGCAACUUGAGAUGCUGAAUAAGAGGGAGAAGCACCUGCAAAAUCAGAUGGACGAGCAAGAUACGCUGGCGCGGAAAUAUGUCUCAAGCAACAAAACCGCGGCGAAAGCGGCGUUACGGCGGAAGAAGCAAUUUGAGCACUCACUAGAGCAAACGAGCUCCCAGAUCAUGACACUAGAACGCGAGAUCUACUCGAUCGAGACGGCCAAUAUCAACAAGGAGACGCUCGAUGCCAUGCAGAACGCAAAGACCGCCAUGAAGCAGAUACAUGCCGGCCUUACCAUCGACAAGGUGGACAAUAUCAUGGAAGAUUUGCGCGAGCAACACGCAAUCGGCGAAGAAAUCAGCGAAGCGAUAACCUCGGGCGUAGCGUCGACCGGUAUCGACGAAGACGAGCUCGACGAGGAACUCGCGGAACUACAACAAGAGAAGCUCGACGAGGCCAUGUUAAAGACAGGCAACGUGCCCGUUGGCGAUACUGUGGGGAGACUACCCCAAGCGCCGCACACAGAGGUCAAGGGCAAGGCACCGCAGAGGGCGGAGGAGGAUGAUGAAGAGGAGGAGCUACGGAAGUUGCAAGCCGAGAUGGCUAUGUGAGCGUCUGUUUGGGCGGCGGGAACAUGGGCUGCCAUCUCUUGGUGAAUAGCACGAGUAGAGUGAGACACUAUAGGCGUACGGCGAUUCAGCGGCGGGG